GAGAUAUCUGUGAUCCUGCAAUCUCGGCCAUCCUCUUUCUCUCUCUAGAUAUGGUGGCCAUGACCAUGACUUACCUAGUGGUCUCUCCCUCCACCACCACCACAACCAAUACAAGGGCGCUUUCCUCCUCAUUCCGGAAACUCACGCUCGCGAAUCCUCCAUCGCCACUCCUCCACACCCCCACUCUGCCCUCGCGAAUCCCCAAACCGUCCAAAUUCGCCGCCCAAUCCAAGGGCAACGACUCCGCCGACGCGCCGGACCGCCUCAUCUCCGCCAUGGUCUACUUCUACCCCUUCUUCGACGGCGUCCAGUACGGCAAAUACAUCCUCACGCAGUUCACCCCCUUCCAGGCCCUAAUCCAGCCGCUCGUCCCCGCGAUUAGAGUCUUCAAGAGCUUCCCCUUCAACGGAUUCCUCGUCUUCCUCACGCUCUAUUUCGUCGUCGUCAGGAAUCAGAACUUCAGCAGGUACGUCAGGUUCAACACUAUGCAGGCGAUUGUCCUCGAUGUGCUGCUGAUUUUCCCUGACCUGCUGGAGCGGACGUUCAAUCCGAGGGACGGCGUUGGAUUGGAUGUGUUGAUGAGUCUGGAUAGCACCGUGUUUUUGUUCCUGUUGGUUUCCUUGAUCUACGGCUCCUCUGCUUGCUUGCUCGGAAACCUUCCUAGAUUGCCGAUCGUUGCUGAGGCUGCUGACAGGCAGGUAUUGUGAAUCUCACCUCAUUCUUACGCAUUUAGCUUUCACCAUUGUAGCAGAUGAUUCGACAAUAGCGAUUUCUGUAAUGUGUAAUAAUUGUGAUGAUUUUAGCUGGUGAAAUAUAUGAUGAUUUUGGAA